AUGGAGCGGCAGAUGUGGAGCAGCGGAAUCAACGAGGCCGGUAAGAUGGCCCUGCUCGCCUGGGAGAAGGAGACCGGCAUCGAGCUGGUGCAAAUCAACGGGCAGAGGCACUACGGAGGGCCCCCCCCAGGCUGGGUGGGCGGCCCGCCGCCGGUCGGCACCGAGGUGUACAUUGCCAGGCUGCCGCAGGACGUCUACGAGAACACCCUGAUCCCGCUCUUUGAGAGCGUGGGGAAGCUCUACGAGUUCCGCCUCAUGCUGACCUUCAGCGGGCUCAACCGCGGCUUCGCCUACGCCAGGUACGCGUCCUGGCAGUGCGCCCGCAGCGCCAUCGCCACCUUCCACCGCUUCCAGCUGCGCGAGGGCUGUGCCAUCGUGGUGUGCUGGAGCACGCAGAAGCGUGAGCUCCUCAUGAACGGCCUGGCUGCAUCGGUGAGCCAGCAGGAGCUGGAGGCCAGGCUGCAGGGGGUCACUGAGGGGAUCUGCAGUGUCACCCUGUACGCCAGCCCUCGCCAGAAACAGGCCAAGCUCGCUGUGCUGAAGUACAGGUCGCACAAGACUGCUGCCCAGGCCAAGAAAGUCCUGAUGGAAGGGAACUUGAAGCUUGGGGAAGCAGGGAUGAAGGUGGACUGGCUGGACCCCCGACUGAAGCAGAAGCUGCAGCUCUGUGAGGAGGAGCCAUCGUCCAGCUGGGCGCAGGGAGGCAAGAGCCUGGAAGUGCCCAGGCUGACGGCCCUGCCUCUGUCGCUGCAGAACGUGCUGGAACACCUGAACAUGGUGUGCUGGAAGCAUCGCCUGAGGACACCCCUGUUCAUCAUCAGGUGUGUCCAGGUGAACCCCAACGGGUGGCAGCGGUUCUGGUACCAGGUGGUGAUCCCGGAUUACCACGUGUCCGUCAGUGGCUUCACUUGGGUCUUGCCAGACAGGCAGGGCCAGAGUGAGCAUGAGAAGGCCAAGAUGGCAGCAGCCCUGCACACUCUCAAGGUGUUAGGCUCCUCCGAGUGCUUUCUCAUGUCCUCCCCAGUGAACCUCUGUGACAUCUGGUAA